AAACAGGAUAAGCAGGCAAUAAGAAGUCGGCUUAUUUAAGUAUAUUGCGGCAUUUUUUAAACAGAUAUUUUUGUAUUUUUGAUUUGGGUUUGGUGAGGGUGAGACCACACAAAAAAAAGGCAGCGGCCAAUCUGUGUUACUCGCGAAUGCCGCAAUGAAUUAAAGGACAGAGAGAGCCAUAGUCGCGGCGCUCGGCCCCCUAGUCUGUCAUAGCCGAGAACGAAGCCCAGAAAGUGUCUAAAACUAACCUAACCCUAAAAUAUAUAUUAAUCUCUCUCUUCUUAUAAUUCAUUGGGGCAUUCGCGAGUAACAGAGUUUGGCCGCUUCAAAAAUAGAGACUACAGAUGUUAAUUUUUUUCGGAAAUAAAUGAACCCUACUAUGGGACCCAUUUCACUGUGGAAUAUCAAGACGAAUGUUAGGCCCACUAAACAAUAACAUGAAUUGUGCAGUUUUCAGGGCCAUUUCACUUAGCUCGUUGGUUUUCAAACUAUAACUGGUAAAAUAUUUGCUUUAUAACAACCCGAAAUACUCAUAAGGUUGCUGAAAAAUCGUUUUCUAUACCACAGUUUUAUGAUACAUUGUUUCAAACGCCCUGGAACUGCUGUCUUUGUAAAAAUUAAAUUUGUUGUAAAAUGUUCUAUUCGAAUUUUCUUAUCUUUUUAUACAAAGUUGUCAUCUCUGUUUGUUGGUCUGUCUGUUUGUUUGUUUUUCCGAUCAUAACUGAGGAAUCCCUGGAUUGAUUUGCCUUAAAUUUUGAUUGGGGAACUCGGUAGACCCACGGAAUGUCCAUUGCUUGAUUUUGAGAUUCUAAGUUGAGUGGGUGGACUUUAACAGCGAAAAUUUUUAGUUUCCCGGUAAAAUCGUUCAAUUGCGGGUAAACGGCGGGAGGAACUUUUAGUAACCUUUGCAGCGCUGGGUUUUCAAGAUAGUUAUAUUAUAAAAACAAAAAUGUGUCAGUGUCUAGAAACAACUAAUCACUUCUGAAAAUUUUCUAACGAUUUGCACAAAAGUAUUUCUUUGUCUCCAUUUAGUUUAGAGUUCAUAAGUUCUGAAAUGAAAUAAUUUUCUUCUUAAUAAUAAUGGAUGAAUAAAAUGUUUGAUUACUAACUUAUUUACUUUAUCUCCUUUCACUGAGUCUAGUCCUAAUUGUUUUUACAUAAAGCAGUAAAAAACAUAAAAUAUUCUAACAUUGUUUAAUAUUCCUUGUAGUUGGUAUUCAUCAGUGAAAGGAUAAAGGACGUUUGCCAGGAGUAGAAACUUAAAACAAGUUCAGAAAUCAGAAAACUCAGUUUGGGAAUUCAGUUUGUACAUUCGUCCUGGGAGAGAUCAUUCCAGACUCUGGUGGAAGAUGCAUUUCAACUUUGGAUUUCAUCCUAUCAUAGGCAUAUUACUGUUACAAGUUUUUCUGUUGGCUUCAGGUCAACAAUUCAGUAUGGACCGAACUUAUCCAGCAGAGAUUGGGAAAAAUGCAACAAUCUGGUGUAUGACCUCAUCAUCCAUUUUCUCAAGGUCCUGUGUCAUGGUUGCACCUGGAAAUAAAACCUUAAACCUGGAUCUGAAAACAGGAAAAGUCAGGGACAGCAGCUUCGCCACAUCAGAGAGAUAUGAAGCAUAUUCAAAUAAACAAUUUCAAAUGUGUGCUAUUAAAAUACAUUCAGUAAAGGUUAAUGAUUUAGGACAAUGGGAGUGUAAGAUACUAAGCCUGGGUACCCCCGCCCAGGUCGGGUUCAUCAACCUCCUUGAUAAUGAGAUGGGGUUCGUGAAAGAUGUUCGUCUGCCACGACAUGUUCUACCUGACUCCUAUAUAAUCACCCUUAUACCCUAUCUAGUAGAAGGGAACUAUACAGUUGACGGUCUUGUAGAAAUUAAUGCGCGCAUUGCAGAUGCUCCAAACAGCUGUGAUAAUAAGUGUAUUAUUCUGCACAGCAAGGAGACUGCUCUUGAUAUAAAGCAUGUGGAUAUACAGAUGGGUGGAUUCAAGCUAGUUAUUAAUGGUGUUGCAUAUGACAAGGAUCGAGGGUUUUUAAUCCUAUAUCUAGAGGAAGCUCUGGUUCCAGGGAAAGAUUUGCGCAUAGAAAUCGCCUUCUUAGGAACUGUGCAAGAUAAAAUGACUGGGUUCUAUAGAAGCUCAUAUUUUGAUUUUACAUUAAACAAGACACAAGUAGUUGGUUCAACACAGUUUCAGUCUAUAUACGCCAGACAGGCAUUCCCUUGUUUUGAUGAACCAGAUAUGAAAGCUACAUUUAAAGUAAUAUUGGGUAGACAAGGAAAUAUGAUCACACUCUCCAAUAUGCCAAGGAAAAAAACUGGUUUAGUAUUAGGAACUGAGGUUGAUGAGUAUGAGACCAGUGUCAAGAUGUCAACAUAUCUUCUUUCAUUUAUAAUCUGCGAGUUCAAGAGCCUUUACCAGCAAACAGACCCGUUUGUUCCCUUACCUUUCAAUGUGUGGGCUCAAGAGGAUAAACUACCACAGCUUAAACAUGCUGCUAAUAUUGGUAAAAAGGCAAUUCCAUUUUUUGAGGAUUUGUUUGACUUGAAGUAUCCCCUGGCGAAACUGGACUUAGUUGCAAUCCCAGAUUUCAAGUAUGGUGCCAUGGAGAACUGGGGAAUUAUUUCUUACAGAGAUAAAUUUCUUUUUUAUGAUAAAACUGACAGCUCUGAAUUAAAUAAAUUACAGAUAUCAAUGGUUGUAUGUCAUGAGAUAGCUCAUCAAUGGUUUGGAAACCUUGUGACGAUGAGAUGGUGGAAUGAUCUCUGGUUAAACGAAGGGUUUGGCACUUAUAUGGCGUAUGUUGCUGUAAACUCAAUCAGCCCUGAAACAAAAUUAUUGGAGCAGAUUGCUUUUAUUGAAACCAAGGAUAUCUUUUACCUCGAUGCUGUUCAAUCAUCACUACCUUUAUCCGCAGAAGUAAAAAACCCCGAAUAUGAAGCAAUGCAGUCCAAGCUUACUAUGUACAAGGGUUGCUUGUUAAUUAGAAUGAUGGAGAACUUUUUAACCCCAGAAGUAUUUAGACAGGGCAUAAGAAAUUAUUUAAAGGAACACGCUUAUGAUAAUGCUGUCGAAGACAAUUUAUGGGAUUCUCUUGGAGAACAUGCUCAAGACAGAUCCCUCCCAAAUGAUAUGACAAUGAAGAAUGUUAUGGAUACCUGGACACUACAACAAGGAUAUCCAUUUAUUCAUGUAAAUUUUGCUGAGGGAAGCUGGAAUAUUUAUCAGCAAAAGUUUACUCUUAAUUCUGAAACCAACAAGAAGGAUGAAUUUCUCUGGGUGAUUCCAAUUUCAUAUAAGAGUAUAUCUGGAAAUCUAUCAGAUACCUCAGUGAACUUUUGGUUAACAGGAAAGUCGGCUUCUUUUCCAGCUCGUAGCAAAGAAUUAUGUAUCUUCAAUGCAGGUCGAAUGGGGUAUUACAGGGUUAAUUACUCUCCUGCACUAUGGGAUGAGAUUAUUGAAAAUUUUCCCAAACUUCCAAAUGUGGUCCGAUCACAACUAGUGGAUGAUGCUCUUUUUCUAUCCCGCAUUGGUGAACUAUCCUACUUUUCCACAUUUAAUCUUCUCAAUAAUCUCAGAACUGAGACUGACUAUGUAGUUCUAUCAGCUGCUGAGAAUGGUUUAAAGUUCUUGAUGAAUAUGCUGGUUGAUGAUAGAAGAUAUCCAGCUUUUCUCAAGUUCACCAAGAGUCUGGUAGUGAAGGUUUAUGAUGAGGUGAGUAAAAGUACUUCCGUCAGAUACCAAGACGUAGUCAGAAGAAACUUAGUUAUGAAAUGGACAUGCUCUUUGGAUAUCAAGGACUGUAUUGAUAGAGCUGAGAAAAAGUUUAAAAUCUGGAAACAAACAGAAGAAAAUUAUGAGCUAAGCGUAGGUCCUGAUGAAAAAGAGUGGGUGUAUUGUUAUGGUCUAAAAUAUGGAUCUCAGGAGGACUGGGAUCUUGUGUGGAAAAGGACUCAGGAAACUAAAAUAGUGCGUGAAAAAUCUGCUCUGUAUGAAGCUCUCGCAUGCACUGACAGUAUCAGUCUUCUUGAUAAAUACUUGGACAUUUCUAUUGAUCCUAAUUCUACAAUCAGGAAGCAAGAUAAGAGAUAUGUGUAUUCUGCAAUUGGUAAAAAUAAUGUAAAUGGAGCAGUGCGUAUGCUUGAUUGGCUUGAUGAGAACUGGGAACAGAUAUUGAAAUAUUAUGAAGGAAAUUUCCCAUACAACGCAAAAUUUAUGAUUGAGCCCUAUUCUGAAAAUGCUUGUACCCAGGAGCGUUUUGAUAAGUUAAAUCAGUUCUAUAACAAGAACAAGGCUAAGCUUGGCACUGCAGGACAAAUUGUUGAAGAAGUUUUAGACAAAAUCAAAGCCAACUUCAAUUGGAGGGAAACGUUUUUUGAUGCUGUUUUCAGGCAUUUAGAAAGAGUGCUAAAAGAAACAAGAGCAGGCAAUGAAGAGACCACCAAUACCAAUGAAAAUGAUAAAAUUAUUGUUGAUGAAGGACCAGGUGACAAUGAAGAAGGAUCUAUAACUGGCCAUGAAGGUUCUGAAACUGGCAAUGAAGGAUCUGGAACUAAUAAUGAAGGAUCUUCAACAAACAAUCAAGGAUUGUCAACUGACUAUAAAGAAACUAAAAAAAGCAAUGAUAAAACACCAGAAGAAGAUGAAUAUGAAACAGAAGCAACAACCACUACAGAAGCAACAACCACUACAGGAGCAACAACCACUACAGAAGCAACAACCACUGGCAAAAUAAGAAGUGGGCAACGGAACUCCUGGUGGAGAACCAUGAUUGAUUUUCUGAUGAAAAACGGUUGGAUGUAUCAAGAAGCUAAAGCUAUUAUCACAGACAGAAGUCGGUUGAACAAUAUACUGUUGAAUUUAAGAGGUUAAAUGUGGAAUCUUGAAGACGACUGAAAUGAAAAGAUCACGCGGCAACAUUUUUCAUGAACAAUUUGAAUAUGAAGACGAUUAUUAUAAAGAUAAUUAUUAAUUUGGAUUAUUUUUCCCCCUCAUGUAAAACGUUUGUAUAAUAAUGUAGUUGGAAAUAAAGUAUAUUAAACAUUCA